AUGAUCAAUGUCAUCUUCGCUGCUCCCGGUAGGACUGGUUCUUGCCCCUCUGGAGUAAUGUCUGUAGCUCGGCUUCCCGCCGAGAGCAAUAAUCCAAAGUCUAAAAGAGCUAGAGUGGAAAUCCGACCAGUUUUGGGCUACUCAGACAAGGACAAGACUGGAAUCAUUCAACCCCACGAUGAUGCUAUGGUGGUCACACUCAGGAUAGAAGGAUAUGAUGUAAAGAGAGUGUUAGUGGACCAGGGUAGCACUGUCGUGGUCAUGUACCCCGACCUGUACAAGGGGCUGAGAUUAAAACCUGAGGACACGACAACCUACAGUUCCCCUCUGAUUAGUUUUGAGGGGAAGACUGUUAUUCCAAAGGGUCAGAUUAGACUACCCAUACAAAUUGGUUCGGAAGUGGUGGAGGUAAACUUCAUCGCAGUGGAUGCCUAUUACCCCUACACGACUAUUGUGGCCAGACCUUGGCUCCAUGCUCUGGAAGCCAUUUCAUCCACCCUGCACCAGAAAGUAAAUUACUCCUCGGGGGGCCGUGUUGAAGAAAUUGUGGGAAAUCAACCUGUGGCUCGGCAAUGCCUUGUGGCCGCCAUCUCAUGCCAACACAAAACUAGCUCCUCAACAACUGCCUAG